AUGGAUCACUCAAUAAAGAAGCGCAAGCGCAAAGACGCUGAGGACGCCACUCCUGUCAAGACCAACGGCGCCGACACUAUUCCUAAAAAGUCAAAGAAGUCAAGGAAGCCUGCGCCCGAGGAGGAGGAGGAGCAGGACGAGGACGAUUUUGAGGGCUUCGGAGGUGGUCAAGACGAUGAAGAUGACGAAGAAGAGCCAGAAAACGAGGUUGAAAAUGCUGAGGAACAGGCCGACGACGACCAAGAGACGACCGUUGCCGAUCUCCCGACCGACAAUGCUCCCGUACUUCCUCUGGCCACCAACCUCGAAUCCUUCGAAGAGCUGAAGCUGUCGGACAAGACAAUGCAGGCCAUCAAGGAGAUGGGGUUCACCAAAAUGACCAGCAUCCAAAAGAGUGUACGCCCUCCCGACCGACCCGAACAAUACAUGCCAAUGCUAACCACAAAACAGGCUAUUCCCCCCCUCAUGGCCGGCAAGGACGUGCUCGGCGCCGCCAAGACGGGCUCCGGCAAAACGCUCGCCUUUCUGAUCCCCGCCAUCGAGAUCCUGUCCUCGCUGCGCUUCAAGCCGCGCAACGGGACGGGCGUCAUCAUCGUGUCGCCGACGCGCGAACUUGCGCUGCAAAUCUUUGGCGUCGCGCGCGAGCUCAUGAAGCACCACUCGCAGACGUACGGCAUCGUCAUGGGCGGUGCCAACCGCAACGCCGAGCGUGAGAAGCUGACCAAGGGCGUCAACCUGCUCGUCGCCACGCCGGGCCGCCUGCUCGACCACCUGACAAGCACGCCCUUCGUGUACAAGAACCUCAAGUCGCUCAUCAUCGAUGAGGCGGACCGCAUUCUCGAGGUCGGUUUCGAGGACGAGAUCCGCAAGAUUGUCCAGAUCCUGAGCAACGACAACCGCCAGACGAUGCUCUUCUCGGCCACGCAGACGACCAAGGUCGAGGACCUCGCCCGCAUCUCGCUGCGGCCUGGCCCUCUGUAUAUUAAUGUCGACGAGGAGGAGCGCUUCAGCACUGUCGACGGCCUGGAGCAGGGCUACGUCUUGUGCGACGCAGACAGGCGCUUUAUCCUGCUAUUUUCGUUUUUGCGCCAGAUGAACCAGAAGAAGAAGAAAGUCAUCGUCUUCUUCAGCAGCUGCAACUCGGUCAAGUACUACGCCGAGCUGCUCAACUACAUUGACUGCCCCGUGCUGGACCUGCACGGCAAGCAAAAACAGCAGAAGCGCACAAACACGUUCUUCGAAUUCAGCAACGCCCCCAACGGUAUCCUCAUCUGCACAGAUGUCGCCGCCCGUGGUCUCGAUAUCCCCGCCGUCGACUUCAUCGUCCAGUUCGACCCGCCCGACAACACGCGCGACUACAUCCACCGCGUGGGCCGCACGGCGCGCGGCGCCGGCAAGACGGGCCGCAGUCUGCUCUUCCUGCAGCCGAGCGAGGUCGGCUUCCUGUCGCACCUCAAGGCGGCGCGCGUGCCCGUCGUCGAGUUUGAGUUUCCCACGCGCAAGAUUGUCAACGUGCAGUCGCAGCUCGAGAAGCUCAUCGGCAAGAACUUUUACCUGCAGCAGAGCGCCAAGGACGCCUUCAAGUCGUACCUGCACGCCUACGCCAGCCACAGCCUGCGCUCCGUCUACGACGUCAACAAGCUCGACCUCGCCAAGGUCGGCAAGGGCUUCGGCUUCCCCACGCCGCCGCGCGUCGACAUUACGCUUGGCGGGUCCAUGAGCAGGGACCGCACGCAGGGCCGGCGGGCGUACGGCAGCCAGCCGAGUCAAAAGUUCAACGGCAAACGGCGCUAG